AUAGCACUCUUGCGGAUCAUAUGGGACCAGAUCAUGCUACCCAUCGUUGACGUACUCGAGCACGUUCUCAAACUAAAGCACCGCUUUCGAAUCUGGUUGUGUCCCACUGCAGCUUUCACGUCCAUCCCUCUCCAUCCAGCUCAUCCGUUUCAAACAAAAGCAGAUCGUUCUGAGAAGGAGCUGUGCCUGGAGGAUCUCUACAUUUACUCUUACACGCCGACACUUUCGGCUCUGAUCAGAUUUAGACAGUUGAUGAAGAAGCGCAGGAUCCUACGCAGCCUUACGAUUCGCAUUUCGUCAUGAGAGACG